AUGUCCGAAUCCAAACCGUGUGACUCAUUUCCAGAAUGUCAAGGCAGGAACGAGGAAGAGCGGCUUAUCCACCACCUGUUCAAAGAACGCGGCUACAACAAAGAGCUCCGUCCAGUGGAAAACAAAGAUGACACAGUGACGGUUUACUUGGCUCUCACACUUUCAAAUCUUAUCUCUCUUAAAGAAGUGGAUGAAACACUACUGACAAAUGUAUGGAUUGAACAUGGAUGGACUGACUAUAGACUGCAGUGGAAUGUGACAGAAUUUGAUAACAUUACCGUGCUACGUCUUCCUCCUAGUAUGGUGUGGCUUCCAGAGAUUGUAUUGGAAAACAACAAUGAUGCUCAGUUCCAGGUGGCAUACUAUUGCAAUGUACUGGUCAGUAAUGAUGGUUAUGUGUACUGGCUGCCCCCUGCAAUUUUCAGAAGUUCCUGCUCCAUCAAUGUGAACUACUUUCCCUUUGACUGGCAGAACUGUUCACUCAAGUUUAGCUCCUUGACGUACAAUGCAAAGGAGAUCAGCAUGCAUUUAAAAGAAGAUUUGGAUGAAGACGGCAAGUAUUACAAGGUGGAGUGGGUUAUAAUUGAUCCUGAGGGCUUUACAGAAAAUGGUGAGUGGGAGAUUAUUCACAAACCUGCUAGGAAGAAUAUCCAUAAGAACAUACCCGCGGAGAGCAACAAACAUCAGGAUAUCACCUUCUACCUCAUCAUCAAGCGCAAGCCUCUGUUCUACAUCGUCAACAUCAUCAUUCCCUGUAUUCUCAUCUCCUUCCUGGCCUCUCUGGUCUAUUACCUUCCUGCUGACAGUGGUGAGAAGAUGACUCUGUCUAUCUCUGUAUUACUGGCUCAGUCUGUCUUCCUUUUGCUGAUCUCUCAGCGUCUACCGGAAACUUCCAUGGCUGUCCCUUUAAUUGUCAAGUACUUAAUGUUCAUCAUGGUCCUGGUCACAAUUGUGGUGCUGAAUUGUGUGAUUGUCUUAAACCUCCACUUCCGCACACCCAGUACCCACGUCAUGUCAGAGUGGACCAAAGAGUUCUUUCUGGAGAGACUGCCCCGUCUGCUUCACAUGUCCCAUCCGGCCGACAGCGGACCAAGCCCGACCGGAGCGCUGCAGCGACGAUCCAGCUCCGUAGGUUACAUCGCCAAGGCUGAGGAAUACCAUAGCGUCAAGUCUCGCAGUGAGCUGAUGUUUGAGAAACAGUCUGAGAGACACGGUCUGGCCACACGUGUCACGCCCGCUGCAGUCUUCACAUCUAACGAUGAUGGAGAGGUCUCUGAGCAGCUGUACUCUGAGAUGAAGCCUGCUGUGGAGGGAGCCAAUUACAUCGUCAAGCACAUGCACGAGAAGAAUGACUACAAUGAGGAAAAGGAUAACUGGAGUGGGAUCGCCAGGACGGUGGACCGUCUCUGCCUGUUUCUGGUCACUCCGGUGAUGACAUUGGGAACCAUCGCCAUCUUCUUAAUGGGCAUCUAUAACCACCCUCCCCCACUGCCUUUUGAAGACGACCCAUUCAACUAUUUGGAAGAGAGCAAGCGAUACAUAUGA